CAUGCUCGCUCUCAUGGACCAUGCUUGCUCGAUGAGUUAGCAGGUCGUCGUAGCAGCAUGUGUUGGAGAGGCGCCGAUGCAUGCAUGGACGGCCAGUCACCACCCACGCAGAGUCGCACCGCACGUACGCAUCGAUCGGUCACCGUCGAACUAGACAAAGGGUGGCGCCAGCUUUAAGAUACGUGUACCGACCGCUCCGGCACACGCGUAGCCAUGUCGCGCUCGGGGCUCAUCUCUGAUCACGCACAGCGUCCUCGUCGCACGCGGCGAGAGAAUUUGGCAUGUGUGGCGCAAGCCCGCGUGGCCUAGCUCGCGACGGAUCCGCACACGUACGCCGCCCCGCCGCUGUGCCGCGCGCGCCGAGGUGGCGCGCCCGCGCGCCGCGAGCUCCGGCCAGCCGCCACGCAGGAUGCAGGUGGCCCCAGCUGACAGUCUAGGGUAGUAUGGUCGCCGGCGGUCGGGCCCGCCGCAGCGGCGCCGGAGACGGGCAGCCGGCACGUGUGCGCCUCGACGUGCCGGGAGGCCGGAGGCGAUCGAGCACCAUUCCUUCGCGGCUAAGCUACACCGCGCGCCCCGGCCCCGGCGUACGUGGGUCCUCCUCACGUCGCACCAACCAGAUCGGGCACUCAGGGGAAGAAAGGCGUGCCCGCACCGGGGCGCCCGGCGCGGCCGCUCCAUCGACGCCGUCGGUUCCGGAUUCUGAGACCGUCCUGCGCCGUCGGAUGGCUGGGGGCGCCGGUGCGAAUAUACCGUGCGGGCGGUUGAACCUUUCGUCGCCACGAGUAAAGCGGAGGGUCAGUGGAAAAAAAGGAAAGGUACCAGCCACCCGGGAAGGAAGACACCCCACGUAACGGUGGGCCCGGAAUGGUGGCGGGGCCCACCUCGCGAGGUCUGAGGCCUCCGGAGGGUCGAGGGGGUGGCCUGUGCCUCUAUAAAUAGCGGCCGUUUCCUCAUCGUUCUUCCCUUUUCCCCGAUUCUCUACUCGCCCCCCUUAGUUUUCUGGAAAUUCUGCGGCGGUUUUCCGUAGUGGUGGAAGGCUGCAACUGCAAAGCGAGGAGAUGCUGUCCGUGCAGGAAGCCCUUGACCUUGACUUCGCUGCCGCGUCGUCCAGCUGCGGCGCGCGGGACAUGGGCAUGGACAUUAUCACGUGCGGGUUCACGCCGUGGGGGCCCGACUCGUGCCCUAGCCUGGACCAGGUGAUGGCGUCGAGGACGGCCGCGGCGGAGCCGCCGCCGCGGGAGGAGGAGGCCGAGGUGGCGGACGAGGAGGAGGAGCGGCGGCAGCGGCGCAAGGAGUCCAACCGGCUGUCGGCGCGGCGGUCGCGCGAGCGAAAGCAGCAGCGGCUGGAGGAGCUCCGCGGCACGGCGGCGCGGCUCCGCGCCGAGAAGCAGGCGCUGGAGGAGCGGCUGCGGGCCCUGACGCGGCACGGCCUCGCGGUGUGCCGCCAGAACGCGCGGCUCCGCGCCGAGGCCGACGCGCUCGCGCGCCGCCUCCGCGAGGCGCGCAGGCUCCUCGCGCUGCGCCGGUUCAUCGCGGGGCACGCCCUUCCCACGCCGAUGAUGAUGCCGCCGCCGCUGCAGCAGCACCAGCAGGCCGCCGGUGUCGCGCCGGGCGCACCCCUGGGGCUCACCUCGCUCAUGACGUAGGAGGACCGCCGGCAUAUAUAGCACGGACUCCCCGAUCCUCCCGCCUCUCAUCGGAUUCUCUCGGUCACGGGCGGAAGUUUUGGCACGGACGGACGGACUUGCGCACGCGUUGUGGUGAUGAUGAACUGGUCUGGGGCGGGACAUACACUAGUGCUAGUACUAGGCUGCAUGCUAUCUGCUAUACUACUACAAGUACAACUAAAGGGGGUCCCGUUUGACGUGUCAAUUGCAUGAUUAGGUGCUGCGCAUGCAUGGAUCUUGAUGUAAAUUAAAGUGCAAAAAAUUAUUUCACUGGGCGAGCCACUGACCCAACGGUCACGUACAGGGCCGGGGGUUCUUGUUUUAAACUCGAGCUCGACCGACAGCUCGUCGAUCUUGGCAUGCGGCCGUUUG